GGCCGCAUGUGGGGCGCAGGCGGCGGAGUCUCCACCUCUUCUGGCAGCGGGAACCUGUGGCUGCCAAGCUCCAUUAAAGCCAUCAGCAGCCGGGGGGACGCGCUCCGCGGCGAAGGCGGGGUGGGCUGCGGUGCUUUAUUUUAAAAGAUAUAGUUUUCUUUUUUCGCCCCCCCUUUAUCCUUUCGCAAGGUUCGGGCUCAGCAGGACGCCUGCGGGCUGAAGCCGGGGUGCCGCCGCCGCGGGCACCGGAGCGCCGGAGGCGGCCCAUGGCUGCACCGCCGGGCGCCGCGCCCCGCUGAGCUCCGCGGGCACAGGCGGCGAUCGCGCCUCUGGCCGAGACACACAGCGGGCACCAUGGUCCGGUGCUGGUGGCUCGCAGGGCUGCUCGUAGCCUGCGCGGCCGCGGAGCCGCGCUGCCGCCAGCAGCUGCGCCACCUGCAGGACAGCGCCGGGAUCGCCGCGCGGCUGCCGCCCCGCCUGGAGGGGCGCUGGGUCUCCACCGGGUGUGAGGUGCGGCCGGGGCCCGAGUUCCUGACCCGAUCCUACCUCUUCUACACCAACCGGCUCUUCAAGGCCCUCCAGUUCUACUACCGGGACCCGUCCUGCCGCGACCCCUCCUACUCGCUGGUCAUCAAGGGCAAGCUCCGGCUGCGCCAGGCCUCCUGGAUCACCCGCGGCGCCACCGAGGCUGACUACCACCUCCACAAAGUGGGCAUCGUGUUCCACAGCCAGAAGGCCAUGCGGGAAGUGGCCUCCUGGAUCAACCAGACCUCUGGCGAGGGCUGCCGCGGGUUCCUGCCCCCGGGGCGCUCCUGGGCUCCCGGAGCCCUGUACGAGGUGCUGAGCGCCAAGACCGAGCGCGACUGCACCGCGGCCUUGGGCUUCGCCAUGCACGAGCUGAGCCUGCUGAGAGUGGAGAGGCACUUCCAGCCGCUGCUGCAGCCGCAGCAGAGCGGGAGCCGGCUGGUGGAGGAGCUCUACCUGGGGGACAUCCACACGGACUGGGGGGAGAGGCUGCACUACCGCCCCACCGGCUACCAGCGCCCCUUGCAGAGCGCCCUGCACCACGUGCACCCUUGCCCGGCGUGUGGGAUUAUCUCCAGGGCCGAUGAGCACCACCCCCCGAUCCUGCCCGCCCGAGCCGCGCUGCCCAUGCAGCUCAGCGGCAGCUGGGUCAGCACCCACUGCGAGGUCCGCCCGGCCGUGCUCUUCCUCACCAGGUACUUCACAUUCCACGGCAAUAACCACACCUGGGAAGGGCAUUACUAUCACUACUCCGACCCGCUCUGCAGGCAGCCCACGUUCACCAUCUACGCCUCCGGGCACUACAGCCAGGGCAUCCCGUCCUCCAAGGUGCGGGGCGGCACCGAGCUGGCUUUUAAAGUCACCCAGGCUCGGGUGACGCCCAUGGACCAGGUGACGGUGGUGAUGCUCAACUCCUCGCAGCCGGGGAGCUGCGGGCUGGCGGGCUCCUGGAGCGCCGGCGUGGAGCAGGAUAUAACACCCACGAACGGAUGUUUGGCUCUGGGCAUCAAGCUGCCCCACACCGAGUACGAACUGUUCAAAACGGAGCAGGACACGCAGGAGCGCAGCCUCCUCUACAUCGGGGAGCGGCCCACGGACGGCUCCAGCCCCGACAGCCCCGACAAGCGACCCACGUCCUACCAGGCCCCUCUGAUCCAGUGUGCUGCAGCCUCAGAGGAAUUCUCCAACUACAUUAGUCUGAAAUACGUGGGAAGAAAGGAUGCUAAUGGGAUCGAAGCACUAAAACCUUUGCCUGUGGCCUUUUUAUUGUUUAUAGCACUUCUGUUUUUAAGAUGGGACUAGUUAUCUCUUCAGGUACAAUGCAGAAUUCAGAUAAAUCUUGGUGCUAGCGUGAUUUUUAUAUCCUCCAAAUGAGCACAUCUGGAAUCAGUUUUACUCAGAUUUGGAAACACUUUUUAAAAACACCCAAUAGCAAAUGAAGCCAAGGAGAUAUGCCUGACUCCACACUGUUUGUCCUGUGGCUUUAUUGCCUAAUCUCCCCUCUUUGCGUGCAAAUUUAAUGUACUGACACGGAUGCACUGCACAUUGCAACAGAUAAUUUAGCAACAUGAGGGGGGGAAAAAGUGACAUCAAUUAAAAUUGCUGCUUUGAGCUUUUGACAUUGCUAAGAUUUAAUCAAGAGCUUGAUUCAGAUGUAAUUCAAACAUCCGAAGUGUUGGCUGCUGAGUUUCUUUGAGGUUAAGUUCCCUCCCAUCACACUCCUUUUUGCUGUUCAUGCAAAUUUCAUCUGCAGAGUCAGUCAGCAAUAAACAGUCAGCAAGUGUUCUUGAGAAGGGCACGGUUCACGUGCCUCUUGCAGUUUACAGAUAUUUUCUGCACUUUGCCUGUGUAUGUCACACACAGGGAGCCACAAACAGUCUUUGCACUUGGAGAUGCCCAGAACAGCCCUCACAGAGGGCUCAACUUUUCCACCUGACCCUGGGCAUAGAUUACAGUAGAUGGAAAACACUUCUAUGCACAGCUCCAAGCCUCAGCAUUCCCUGGCUGCAGCACUGCAUCCCUGCUGUGUUACCCAGCUCUCCAGUGCAGUGCUGGCCUGGCUGUGAGCCAUCAGCAGUGUCCCCGUGUCACUGCUGCCAUGCCCGGCACAGGCACCAUCACCAUGAGCUGUGGGAAGGGGAAGAUCCCUCACCAGCCCUCUCAGGCCAUGCAUUUCCACUGCCUCCUUUGCAGUUACUGGCACAGCAGUUGUUAAUCCAGCUCUCCUCUCAAAGUGUCACUUCCAGCCUCAUUCCUGUACAGAUGUUUUAUAAAUCUGCCUCUGGUGAACAAUGAGCUGAAGAGAUGCUCAGAUCAGACAGCACAGUCAGGUCAAACUGAUUCCUACUGACAAGCAGGACAAACUAUGAAAUUAUAUUCCCUGUCUGCUGCAGCUAAGCAUCACAUAACUUCCUCGAGAAGCCCUUCUCCAGCAGCUAAAUCCUCUCCAAAUAAGCCUAUAUAUCUUAUCCACAAAAGAUAUUUUGUUAAAGCAGCUAUGCAAUAGCCACCUUCUUAAUGCUGUAUUUACGAACUUGCAGCUUGUACUUAGAUAAAUUAUGGGGUUUAUAACACAAAAAUACUUUGGGGGGAUCUGUACAUUAAUAAUUCAAAUGAGAAGCUUAUUAAAUGCAUUACAGUUGUGACAUAAA